AAGCGAAAGUCUUUUCCCCAGCCAUCUUGUGGCCUUUACAAGCGAGUAGCUCGCACCAAGCCUCGUAGAAUCGGAGGAGAAUCCUGCUGAAGGGGCGCCAUCAUGCCCGGACAUCUGCAAGAAGGUUUCGGCUGCGUCGUAACCAAUCGGUUCGACCAGCUAUUUGAUGAUGAAGGGGAUCCGUUCGAGUUGAUAAAGCAGGCAGAAACCAAGAAGAAGGACGCGCCCGCUCCGGGUGCCGCCAAGAGCGCGGCUCAGGCUGCAAAGCAGCCCAAGAAAGAGUCCCAGAAAGACAGAAAAGCUCCACUUCCAGAGAAAAAGGAAGAGCCACAGGCGCCCGUUUCUCUCAAGAAGGAAGGCAUGAGGAGAAUGGGCAGGCGGCCAGAGCAGCAAGCUCAGCAGGGCUCCCAGCAGCAGGGGGGUCAGAGCGAGGGUCGACCCCAGGCAGACAGGCGGCCUGACAGGAGGCCCCCACGUGAGCGCCGGCCAGACAAACCUGCCGAUGAGAAGCCAGCUGAGGGUGGAGAGUUCUCUGUGGAAAAGUCUGCUGGGGACAGGCCGUUCCGUGGUCGUGGAGGCGGCAGAGGAGGCCGCGGAGGACGGGGCAGAGGUGUUGGCCGAAGCGACGGAUUUGACUUGCGUGGCAAACGUGAAUUUGAUAGACACAGUGGCAGCGAUCGAUCCAGCCUGAAAGCAGAGGAAAAGCGAGGAGGAAGUGGAUCUCACAACUGGGGCACUGUCAAGGAUGAGCUGAGCGAGCUUGACCAGUCAAAUGUAACGGAUGAUGCCCAUGAGGGAGAAGAGCACCCGCCUGCUGACUCUGAGAACAAGGAGAAUGAAGCUGAAGAGGUAAAAGAGGAAGGGGCUAAGGAGAUGACUCUAGAUGAAUGGAAGGCCCAGCAGGACAAAGAGCGGGCUAAGGCUGACUUCAACAUUCGCAAGGCCAACGAGGGAGCAGACUGGAAGAAAGGAUACUUGCUGCACAAGUCCAAGGCCAAGGAUUCUCCUUCUGAUGAAGCUUCUGGUGAUCACCACUUCCGCAAACCAGCCAACGACAUUACGACCCAGCUGGAGAUUAACUUUGGAGACCUGGGCCGCCCUGGGCGUGGUCGCGGUGGACCUCGUGGAGGAAGAGGAGGCCGUGGGGGUGGAACUGCCAGGCCGCCUCGUGAGCGCAGGCCAGAUAAGUCAAGCGGAGUUUUGGCCCCUGAUGUGGAUGACCCGGAGGCUUUCCCGGCCCUGGCUUAAGCUCCCUGAUGGGUAGCUAUGAUCAGCCAUGCCACUGAGCCCCCUCCCUGGGCCCUUCGCUACGAGGCUUGCAUGCUAAUGAAUCCUUCAGCAGAUGAAAUGAUGGAAGACUGUCAUCCAUCCCAUUCACCCCUGAGGACUGAAUUUUACUUGUUUUAGAAAAAAAGGAGAAAAUCUUACAAAAAAAGAAAGGACUUCUUGCUACUCGGAAGCAAAUUAUUGGUAGAGGUUUUGUAUUCAGUAUAAGGUAGCAGGGAUGUUUUCAUACAGUAUUUUUUUCAGACGUUAUGCAUUCUCCAUGAAUACUUUUUGUACUGCUGCUUGAAAAUAUGCAUUUCCAAAAAUAGGUGUGAAGAGUGCUUCAGUUAGCUUGUGGUGGCCCUUGGCUUGCUUUCUUCUUAUGCCUUAGACACUCUCUUUAGGGAUCACUUACAAGCGUAUCUGCACAAAAUACUGGACUGAGUAUUUUGUUUUUAAAAUGUUACUGCAUUUUAGAGCAAGAUUUGCGUUAAAGUUCUCGAUGAUUACACAAUAAGCCUUUAACAGUUACAAAUCUGAAGUCUUGAAUGAAGUAACAAGUGAUUUGACUUGUAGCUUGAUGCCAAAAUCUUUGAUUCUUCUACCUUCAUCAUAGCUAUUGAUAAUCCUCUGAGAAAUGUUUUCAUAUAUCCCGAAUGUCACACUUGUUGAAUGGCCAUUGUAAGAGUCAGUGUACAUUGACAUCAGUGGCAGGUUACUCUGAGGACAGUAAUGCAUUCUUUUGUCACAGCCUUUAGGUUUUUAAAAAUGUCAGGUUUACAUUGUGCACUCCUGUUUACUGAUACCAGUAUGAAUAAGUUCAAAUUAUUUUAGUGCAUCAGUCCUGUUUUAGAUUCAAUUUUUCAUUUUCUUUCUGCCCCGUAGCUUCUUGGAAACAGCACUACUGCAUAGUUGACCUGAAAGAAAUACCAGUUGUUCAGUGUGGAACAACUGAGUGUUAUGAAAAUGUGUGAAUUCUAACCCUGCUAUUACUCAGACCUCUGUCCAUAAUUAAAAGAUGGUCUAUUCAUA